GAAAAAAGUCAAAAUUGGCCUCGAAACCAACAAGAUUUUCAUUUCAUAUUAGAAUACUAGAGUAUACGUUACAAGCUCGAACUAUAUUUCAGUGCAUGCAACCGAUACUUACUUUCUUUCACCUUACGUUUCUCUCGAACUUACUUUUAAGAUAUUAUAAUCUCUACGGGAACUUUUUCAUCAUUAUCCUUAUCAGACUCCAAUGGCCAAACUUUAUGUCUUUAAAUUAAAAGGGGAAGAAGGCAAGUUUCUUGAAAAGUUAAAAAGAAAUUUAAAUUGAAUUUACAAACAUUGAACAUUUCCCAAUUUAAAGGAAAAUUUUCAAUUAUAAAAAUUUGGAAAUUAAAAACAAUUCGUCUCUGUUUUGUUGUUUAAUUCUGUUUCUCACUGUUUUUCAUGCUCAAAUCAGGGUUUUCCCUUUCAAUUUCUCUGAACCCAUUAUACAUAUUCUCAGAAUCUUCUUCUCCCUCCAUCAUUUUCCUCUCAUUCUCCCUCUCUUCCCUCUCUUUCUCUCUCUAACUUUGUGCUUUCUUCUGUUUCUUUGGAUACCCACCUAUUGCAAGUUGAACCCGAGCCACCCAACUCCUCACAGCUUUUUCUUUUGGUAUUUUAUCGUCAUGUGUGUGACGGAUUCCGAGCCGGUUGGGGCUGAGAGGGCGCCUUCUGGGAGUACUAAUACCAAGCCAUGGCGCAUGCAUUGUGAGUUUUUGGAGACCCAGAUGGGGAAUCCUGAUCAGGAGCUUGAUCUUGGUGGAACCAGCGACCUAACCCGUUCUGGGAAUUCUUUUCCUCUCGAGAGCAUUUCCGAGGACGCUGCAGUGGUAGACAGGAAAGAGAGCCCAUCUACUUUUGUUCCUGCGCUUAGAUCGGGAGAAUGGUCCGAUAUCGGAAAGCGUCCGUAUAUGGAGGACACUCAUGUAUGCAUUCAGGACAUGGGUAAGAAGUUCGGGUGUAGCUUUGUCAACGAGGAAGCGGUCUCCUUCUAUGGUGUAUUCGAUGGUCACGGAGGAAAAGGCGCUGCACAAUUCGUUCGUGACCACUUACCAAGAGUCAUCAUCGAAGAUUCCGACUUUCCUUUAGCGCUUGAAAAAGUGGUCACGAGGUCGUUUAUGGAGACCGAUGCAGCUUUCGCUAGAUCUUGCACUCUCGAAACAUCUCUAUCUUCAGGCACAACUGCACUGACUGCAAUGAUAUUCGGAAGAUCUUUGCUUGUAGCAAACGCUGGCGAUUGCCGAGCAGUGUUAUCAAGACAAGGGUGUGCAAUAGAAAUGUCUAAAGACCACAGACCAUGCUGCACAAAAGAACGCAAGAGAAUCGAGGCCUUGGGCGGAUUCAUCGACGACGAUUACCUAAACGGACUACUUGGGGUCACUCGUGCGUUAGGAGACUGGCAUCUUGAAGGAAUGAAGGAAAUGAGCGAGAGAGGUGGACCGUUAAGCGCCGAACCCGAACUUAAACUAAUAACAUUGACGAAGGAGGAGGAGUUUUUGAUCAUAGGGAGCGAUGGAAUAUGGGACGUGUUCACAAGUCAAAACGCUAUCGACUUUGCUCGUCGGAGGCUCCAAGAACACAACGACGUGAAGCUUUGCUGCAAGGAAAUAGUAGAAGAAGCCAUAAAGAGAGGAGCCACGGACAACUUAACAGUGGUGUUGGUUAGCUUUCAUUUGGAGCCACCUGAGCCUGUGGUGUUUCAGAGGCCAAGAUUUAGACGAAGCAUUUCAGCUGAAGGGCUUCAGAACCUGAAAUUUCUGCUAGAAGGAUAGAAUUUGGCCAAGGUUCGAUACCAAACCAAUGUAUUUUGAGCUCUUUUUUCCUGUGGAAUUUUAUAUGGAAUAGAAAGGCAAUUAGAAGCUUAAACACAAAAUAUUUGGAAUUGUAUAAUUAUACUUCCUUUUAUUUCAUUCUCUUUGCUUAAUAAUAAUGCAAAAUUUAUCCCAAAUUCGA